AUGGCUCGUCAUUCACGGAGGGAGUCCUUUUCCGACAUGGCCGCCUCUGUGGUUUGUCCUGACACUGACCUUCUCUGGCCAUUCGGGAAGCUUGAUGGGCUUGAUCGGGAUGAAAUCCGCCAGACCGCGUAUGAGAUCUUUUUCGCCGCCUGUCGGUCAUCACCCGGGUUUGGAGGCAGAACCGCUCUCACGUUCUACUCGAAGCAUAAUGGUGGCGAUCAUCAAGGAGAUGGAAUAGGAGGAGGAGGAUCCGGGUCGCCUAACGGGUCCGGAUUCGGGUCUUUAGGGAGGAAAGAAGUUGUAACGACACCAACAAGCCGAGUGAAACGAGCGUUAGGGUUAAAGAUGCUUAAAAGAUCUCCGUCUAGGCGAAUGUCGACGUUAGGGACAGCUGCAGGAGCCGCGUCAGCUCCAUCUUCUCCUGGAAAUGGAAGCAUUGGAGGUGGUUCUUCAGGUCACAUUAGCCCCGGGGCUGGUUUCUUGACCGUCCCGGCUUCUCGGCCUAGACGACCGUUAACAUCUGCGGAAAUCAUGAGGCAACAAAUGAGGGUCACGGAACAGAAUGACACACGGCUUCGGAAAACCCUAACGAGGACGCUUGUUGGUCAAAGUGGUAGGCGUGCAGAGACAAUAAUCCUUCCGUUAGAGCUUCUCCGGCACGUGAAAAUAUCGGAGUUCGGUGACGUGCAUGAGUAUCAGAUUUGGCAAAGACGACAACUUAAAGUCCUUGAAGCUGGUCUUCUCCUUCACCCAUCAAUCCCUCUCGAUAAGACCAACAAUUUCGCAAUGCGGCUCCGAGAAAUCAUCCGUCAGAGCGAAACAAAACCCAUCGACACUGGAAAAACCUCAGAGACAGUGCCGACACUUUGUAACCUUGUGGUUUCUUUAGCAUGUCGCAACGCCAACCAACCCACAGACACAUGCCAUUGGGCCGAUGGAUACCCUCUUAACAUUCAUCUCUACGUGGCGCUUUUACAGUCGAUAUUCGACAUACGUGAUGAGACUUUGGUUCUUGAUGAGAUCGAUGAGCUCUUGGAACUUAUGAAGAAGACAUGGACAAUGUUGGGGAUCACACGGCCCAUGCAUAACUUGUGUUUCACUUGGGUUUUAUUCCACCAAUACAUUGUGACAUCUCAGAUGGAGCCAGACUUGCUUGGUGCCUCUCAUGCCAUGUUAGCUGAAGUUGCCAACGAUGCUAAAAAGUCUGAUCGAGAGGCUCUCUACGUGAAACUCUUGACCUCCACAUUGGCCUCUAUGCAAGGAUGGACCGAGAAAAGGUUGUUGAGUUAUCACGAUUAUUUCAACCGAGGGAACGUUGGAUUGAUAGAGAAUCUUCUACCAUUGGCCUUGUCUUCGUCUAAGAUUUUGGGGGAAGACGUGACAAUCUCUCAAGGGAACAGUCAAGAGAAAGGUGAUGUGACAUUGGUGGAUUCUUCAGGGGAUCGCGUCGAUUACUAUAUCAGAGCCUCUAUUAAAAACGCCUUCACAAAGGUGACUGAAAGCAUGAAGACCAAAUUGGCAGCAACAGAGGAAGGAGAAGAAGCGGCACAAGUGUUGCUUCAACUGGCUAACGAGACAGAGGAGAUGGCUUUGCAUGAGCGCGAAUGUUUUAGCCCGAUUCUUAAGAGAUGGCACACGGUUGCAGCUGGUGUCGCCUCGGUUUCGCUUCACCAAUGCUAUGGUUCGAUACUAAUGCAAUACCUAGUUGGUCGGUCGACUAUCACUAAGGAUACUGUCCAAGUUCUGCUAAUGGCGGGGAAGCUCGAGAAGGUUCUUGUGCAGAUGGUGGCUGAAGAUUCAGAGGAAUGUGAAGAUGGAGGGAAAGGUCUUGUAAGAGAGAUGGUUCCUUAUGAAGUCGAAUCGAUUAUACUUCGGCUUUUGAAGCAGUGGAUCGAAGAGAAGUUGAAGACAGUUCAAGAAUGUUUGAGCAGAGCAAAAGAAGCUGAAACAUGGAACCCUAAAUCAAAAUCAGAACCCUAUGCACAAUCUGCUGGAGAGUUGAUGAAGCUUGCGAAUGAUACCAUCGAUGAGUUCUUCGAGAUUCCGAUUGGGAUAACUGAAGAUCUUGUUCAUGAUCUCGCUGAAGGAUUAGAACAACUCUUCCAAGAAUACACCACGUUCGUUGCAUCUUGUGGUUCAAAACAGAGUUACAUUCCUACGCUUCCUCCUCUUACAAGGUGUAACAGAGACUCCAAAUUCGUGAAGCUUUGGAAGAGAGCAGCACCGUGUUCCGCAUCCUCCAUAGAACAUCUUAGCGACCUCGGUGGUUCCAUGGCUAUCACCUCCGAUGGCCACCACCCGCGUCCAUCCACAAGCCGCGGGACACAACGCCUCUACAUUCGUCUCAAUACUCUACAUUUCCUAAGCUCUCAGAUUCACUCCCUCAACAAAGCCCUCUCUCUCAACCCAAGGAUCCUCCCAGCGACCCGAAAACGCAACCGCGAACGGACCAACUCCUCUUCCUACUUCGACUUCACGCACACGGGAAUCGAAUCUGCUUGUCAACACGUCUCCGAAGUCGCAGCGUACCGGUUAAUCUUCCUCGACUCGUACUCGGUCUUCUACGAGAGCCUCUACAUCGGAGACGUCGCGAACGCGAGGAUCAAACCGGCGUUGAGGAUCUUGAAACAGAACUUAACGUUGAUGACCGCAAUUCUCGCGGAUCGAGCGCAAGCACUAGCGAUGAGGGAAGUCAUGAAGGCUUCGUUCGAAGUGGUUUUGACGGUUCUGCUCGCGGGAGGGCAUUCACGAGUUUUCUACCGGACGGAUCACGAUCUGAUCGAGGAAGAUUUCGAGAGCUUGAAGAAGGUUUACUGCACUUGCGGGGAAGGGCUGAUCCCGGAGGAGGUGGUGGAUCGGGAGGCAGAGACGGUGGAGGGAGUGAUUACGCUGAUGGGACAACCGACGGAACAGCUUAUGGAAGAUUUUAGCAUCGUGACGUGCGAGUCAAGCGGGAUGGGAUUGGUCGGAACGGGGCAGAAACUUCCGAUGCCUCCAACGACAGGACGAUGGAACAGGUCGGAUCCGAACACGAUCUUGCGAGUGCUUUGCUAUAGAAACGAUCGUGUUGCUAAUCAGUUUUUGAAAAAAUCGUUCCAAUUGGGUAGAAUCUGCCCUUUUACUGGGAAGAAAGCAAACAGAGUAUCCUUCUCUAACCACAGGACCAACAAGUUGCAAUUCGUCAACUUGCAAUACAAAGAAAGUUUGGUGGGAAGCUGGGAAACGUCUUGUUCAAACUACGCUUAUCAACAACCAUAG